AUGAGGACUGCAGUUACUAGGGCAGAAAUUAAGAAGACUAUUUUCUCUAUGAAUAGGAAUAAGGUUCCUGGGCCAAAUGGUUUUUCUGCCGAGUUUUUUCAUAAGGCCUGGCUGAUUGUUGAGAAUGGGGUUGUGGAGGCUAUCCUUGAGUUUUUUGAGAUUGGAAAUCUUCUUAGGGAAGAACCAAAACCAUUUCCCUCCAAAAAUUCUCCCCCCUUUCUGUUUCCCUCGAAACCCAGCAGACCACCCAGCUCUCCUGUGAGACCGGCACCCGACCAGCAGACCACCCAGCUCUCCUGUGAGACCGGCACCGGACCAGCAGACCACCCAGACCUGCACCGCCGUCAGACCACCGGCACGGACCAGCAGACCACCCAGACCGGCACCGCCGUCAGACCACCGGCACGGACCAGCAGACCACCCAGACCGGCACCGCCGUCAGACCAGCGGCACCGGACCAGCAGACCACCCACCCCCCUUUCUGUUUCCCUCGAAACCCAGGGACCACCCAGCUCGCCUGUGAGACCGGCACCGGACCAGCAGACCACCCAGACUGGCACCGCCGUCAGACCACCGGCACCAGACCAGCAGACCACCCAGACCGGCAUUGGCGUCAGACCACCGGCACCGGACCAGCAGACCACCCACCCCCCUUUCUAUUUCCCUCGAAACCCAGGGACCACCCAGCUCGCCUGUGAGACCGGCACCGGACCAGCAGACCACCCAGACCGGCACCGCCGUCAGACCACCGGCACCAGACCAGCAGACCACCCAGACCGGCACCGGCGUCAGCCCACCAUUUCUCUCCCAGCUCUCUGA